UGGUUAUAAAAUUAAGGGACUGGUUAUUAUUAUUUUUAUAUAUAUUAAAAAAAAUGAAACCGUGCGCUUCAUUUUCAAUCCUUUGGCAACACAAAUAGUAAAGGUGCAACCUUUCCAGUCUCUUGAUUUUGCUCCAUGGCCAACCAAGGAUUUGAUCUCCCUUUCUACGAAAAAAUUUGGUUCAAGCGAACAUUUCAAAGAGUGAUGGACACCUUCAUUUUAGUUCUCCUCCUAUUGCUUCUUAGUUACCGAAUUUUCUCAUCCAACAACUUCACUUUCCCAUGGUUCCUUGCUUUCUUAUGUGAAUCUUGGUUCACCUUCACUUGGAUUGUGAUUCUCAACGCCAAGUGGAGUCCUGCAGUAACCAUAACCCACCCAGAUCGUCUCUUGCAACGGGUACCUGAGCUUCCACGAGUAGACUUGUUUGUGACAACAGCAGAUCCUGUACUUGAACCACCCAUCAUCACAGCCAACACUGUCUUGUCUCUUCUAGCACUUGACUAUCCAGCUAACAAGUUAGCUUGCUAUGUUUCCGAUGAUGGUUGUUCUCCUUUUACUUUCUAUGCCCUUGUUGAAGCCUCCAAAUUCGCUAAGCUUUGGAUACCUUUCUGUAAAAAGUACAAUGUACAAGUGAGAGCACCCUUCAGAUACUUCUCUAAUGUUGCCACUACCAAGAGUGAUGACUCCCCAGAUUUCAAGCAAGAAUGGUCACAAAUGAAGGUAAUAGGGAUAUGUUCGACCUUCCAAGUGAUUGGACUGGACCAUGAGCCGCAAAAUGUUCUGUCAUUGCAGGAUAUGUAUGACAACCUUCGACAAAAUAUUGAAGAUGUGACCCGAAAACAAAUUCCAUUAGAACUUGAUGGAGAAUUCGCAGUUUUCUCAAAUACAGAGCAAAUAAAUCAUCCAAGCAUAAUUAAGGUUAUAUUGGAGAACAAGGAUGUUCUUUCGGAUGGGUUGCCUUACCUGAUAUACAUAUCCAGAGAGAAGAAGCCAAAUCAUUCACAUAAUUACAAAGCAGGAGCUAUGAAUGUGUUGACAAGAGUCUCUGGGUUGAUGACCAAUGCUCCCUUCAUGUUGAAUGUAGACUGUGACAUGGUUGUGAACAAUCCCAAGUUUGUCCUGCAUGCUAUGUGCAUUUUGAUGGAUUCCAAGAGUGGGAAAGAAGUUGCUUUUGUUCAAUGUUUCCAGCAAUUCUACGAUGGAAUAAAAGAUGACCCUUUUGGAAAUCAGUGGGUGGCUGCCUAUGAGUACAUAAUACGGGGCAUGGCAGGACUUCAGGGACCAUACUAUGGAGGAACAAACACCUUCCAUAGAAGAAAUGCUAUUUACGGUCUUUAUCCUCAUGAAAUGGAAAAUGGAAGAGAAGAUGAAAAAUUAGGAGAAAAGAUAUUGAUACAACAAUUUGGACGUUCAAAGGAGUUUGUCAAAUCAGCAGCUGUUGCGUUGGAUGGGAAAGCAUACCUUCCCAAAGAUAUCAGUCCUUCGAAUUUUAUUGAGGCAGCAAUCCAAGUUGCUAGAUGUGGGUAUGAAUGUGGUACAUUCUGGGGUAAAAAGAUUGGCUGGUUGUAUGGAUCAAUCUCAGAAGAUGUACCAACCGGGUUGAAUAUUCAUAGAAGAGGUUGGAGAUCAGAGUGUUGUACACCAGAUCCAAUUCCCUUCACAGGGUGUGCUCCUAGAGGAUUUAUCUCUACAAUGGUACAACAAAAAAGAUGGGCCUCAGGCCUCACUGUUGUCUUCUUUGGAAAGCAUUCUCCUGUUAUGGGCAUGCUCUUUGGUAAGAUCCAAUUCAGGGCAGGCUUGUCUUAUUUUUGGCUUACCAAUUGGGGCUCAAGAGGUCCAUUCCAAGUUUGCUAUGCUGCUCUACCAGCAUAUUGCAUAAUUACCAACACCAAUAUCUUUCCCAAGGGACCUGGCUUAUGGAUUCCAAUUGCUCUUUUAGUGAUUUACAAUCUACAUACUCUUUUAGAGUACCUUAGAAUUGGGUUGUCAAUUCGAUAUUGGUGGAACAAUCAGAGAAUGAGCUUAGUAACAACCACAACUGCAUGGUUUAUUGGAUUUUUGAGUGCUAUGCUUAAGCUAUCAGGGAUAUCAGAUACUGUCUUUGAAAUAACAGAGAAGGAACAAUCAACUUCUGGUUCUGAUGGAAACAAUGCAGAUGCUGGAAGGUUCACGUUCGAUGAUUCUCCAGUUUUUGUGGUAGGCACGACCAUUUUGUUGGUGCAUUUGACAGCAAUGUUGAUCAAGUUUUGGGGGUUGCAACCAACUCAUAGUGAGAAUGGGAGUGGACUAGGGGAGUUCAUCUGUAGUACGUAUUUGGUAAUGUGCUACUGGCCAUAUUUUAAAGGGCUGUUUGGCAGAGGAAAAUAUGGGAUUCCCUUUUCCACCAUGUGCAAGUCAGUGGUCUUUGCAUUAGUCUUUGUGCACUUUUGUAGAAGUAAUGCCAUCAGUGGAUGACUUGAAUUUUCAGUAUAUAUUGUUCUCAUAUUUCUUUGUAUUCUGUUCUUAUUAUCCGUUAGUUAUUAGUGAAUGAAAGGUGACAAAUAAUUUGGGGAGAAUGCUAUCACUUUCAGCAGCUCCUACAUGAACAGUAUUCCAAUGAAUUUGAAAUCUCUGACCAAAUGUCGUUGUUUUCUUAA